CCACUGUGUUGGGACCGUUUGGUACACCCACUGCUGUUUGAUUAUACCUGGCUCUUUUCCAUGUGUAACUUUGCCCUUGCCGGAGUCCAUGCAUGCAUGUUAUAUGUGCGUCUCUGAAACAGAAUACUCAUCUAGGGUCUCUGUGAACACACGAAGCUGCCUUGGACUCAGUCUGACUACCUGGUCUGAUAUUUUCUGCUCUGAACGACAAUUGCUCUUCUGUGUCUCAGGCCCUGAGUUUGCCUCAUCUUCCUGUCCCUCUGCUCCUGGCCAGCUGGAGCUUGGACCACCCGAUUCAGCCAGGGAAGAGCCAUGCCUUUGGAGGAAGAUGAGCCCAGCUGGAAGAAACGGGCCGAAGACAUCCGGGAGAUCUAUGAAUUCCGGGAGGUGCUGGGAACCGGCGCCUUCUCCGAAGUGGUGCUGGCCGAGGAGAAGUCCACCCAGAAGCUGGUAGCCAUCAAGUGCAUCGCCAAGAAGGUGCUGGAGGGGAAGGAGACCAGCAUCGAGAACGAGAUUGCGGUGCUGCACAAGAUCAAGCACCCCAAUAUCGUGGCUUUGGAUGAUAUUUACGAGAGCGAUGGGCAUCUCUACCUCAUCAUGCAGCUGGUCUCAGGUGGGGAGCUCUUUGAUAGGAUUGUGGAGAAGGGUUUUUAUACAGAGCGAGACGCCAGCCAGCUCAUCCGACAGAUCCUCGAUGCUGUCAAGUAUCUGCAUGACAUGGGCAUCGUGCACCGUGACCUUAAGCCCGAGAACCUGCUCUAUUACAGUCUGGAUGAAGACUCUAAAAUUAUGAUCAGUGACUUCGGGCUGUCCAAGAUUGAAGGCUCCGGCAGUGUCAUGGCCACGGCGUGUGGGACUCCCGGCUACGUGGCGCCUGAAGUGUUGGCCCAGAAGCCUUACAGCAAGGCCGUCGAUUGUUGGUCCAUUGGAGUCAUUGCCUACAUCUUACUAUGUGGCUACCCCCCUUUCUAUGACGAGAACGACGCCAAGCUCUUUGAGCAAAUCCUGAAGGCCGAGUAUGAAUUUGACUCUCCCUACUGGGAUGACAUAUCAGAAUCAGCCAAAGAUUUCAUCCAGCAUUUGAUGGAAAGGGACCCUACGAAGCGCUUCACCUGCGAACAGGCACUGCAGCAUCCGUGGAUUGCUGGAGACACAGCGCUGGACAAGAACAUCCACCAGUCAGUUAGCGAGCAGAUCAAAAAGAAUUUUGCCAAGAGCAAGUGGAAGCAAGCCUUCAACGCGACUGCUGUGGUGAGGCAUAUGAGGCGGCUACAGCUGGGAACCAGCCAAGAUGGACCUGGCCAGGCCAUGCAGGAGUGCAACGGUUCCAGCAGCAGCGAGGAGUCCUUGGGGAAUGGCUCUCACCGUCAGCUGGAAGCCUGAGCCUUCGUCGGGGGCAAAGGAACCCACAGCAGUGCCAGCACCUACCCAGCGGGGCGGGCCCAACUCCACCAUGCUGCCACAAUCAGAGCCAGGGAAGGGUCUGGGACUGCCACAACCCGCCCCCUCCCGGCAAAGAGGGGCCACGCCCGUGGCUGGGGGAUGGACAGUUUUCCCCCGUUAACACGUCACCCUCUCAGACCUGGAGACGGGAGCUGAUCCAUCACAAACCACAUGCUUUCCUGGAGACGCUUCUCCUCUCCAUUUCUCCGCCACAAACUGGCCCAAAGCUGGCCCCCGGCCAACAGGACCGGCUUGAGCCCCGGGCUCAUCCCUCAGCCCAAGCCAAAAAAGAAGCCCUUCUUGCGCCCCGUCGUGUGAUGGCCAAAGAGACACCUCAAACUCAAUUCGGGCCCCCUUCACAACACAGGUCCCAGCGGGGAUGCUGAUUCACAGAUCUGGAAAACACCCCGAAAACAAAAGAAAUCCACUCACCCCCCCCAGUAACUUAUGGUGUCCAGACCAAACGCAGAGAGCAGUAGCAUAGCAUAAAAAAGCUCUGCGGAGCCAGCACUUCCAGGUGGCGUGUCGUCCAUAGCAGGGGGAGAUGGAGCCACUUUGUUUCUUGGGGGAGCAGCUGUUCUGUUUGCAGCAGGGGCUUCAUCUGGGGGAACUGUGUGCAUUUCUGCCACAAAAAUAAAACAGAGGUAGACCGAAAGGACACUUCUUUGGUAGAGCCGAGCUGUACUUCUGCUUAAUGAUGUCUGGCUGCCUGUGUGGUGAAAACUGGUGAUUUUUAAGAGUGGCAGUGCGUUAGCACUGUCUGGUCCCUCAAAACAAGUGAACUCUAGAACCAGUUCUGCACAUUUUUAGUGUGGGUUGGGCUGAGCCUGGCUAUGGCAGGCCCCUAUUGGCUAGCGCCUGUAACAUCAUCCAGCACCUCCCACUCCAGCACAGUUUUGCAGCUGUUUUUUAAAAAAUGUUUUGUGGAUUUUCUUAGGUGGGAAAAAAAUAAGCCAAUGGGCAUUUUUUUUCCAUCUUUUUUUAAAAAUUGGGCACUUUUAACUCAAAUACAGGGGGAGAGAAAAGUGAGAGCUGAUAGCUCAUCGGCUUGGGAAGCAAUUCACCGAUCCGGUAAUGAGUACAUUUGUAACAGCAGUCUGCCAAACUGGGCUCACGCUGGGGGUAAUGAUUCCCCUGUGACUGCUCUAAAAUUUCUGUACCUGUCUUCAUCCACUCUGGUCCUGGCAUUGUCCAUCUGGCAGACCCCUUCCUAUCGUCCAGCAGCCUCUCUCUCUCUGCUCUCCCCUCGCCCUCAAAGCUGACAGCUCCCCGUUGUGCUGUCUCGUUCUCUCCCCUCUCGGUGCAAGCGGAACUUUCUAACUUGAAGUUUCUUAUUUUGUUGCUUGUUCUUGUAUUAAAAGGAAGUGUGCUUGGUUUUA